AUGGAUAAUUGGCCAUGGUAUGACUUGAAUUUAUUCACAUACCCACAGCACUAUUAUGAAGAUUUGGAAUAUGUCCUCAUACCUCAUGGCAUCAUUGUGGACAGAAUUGAGUGGCUGGCUAAGGAUAUUAUGAAAGACAUAGGAUGCUGUGACAUUAUGGUCUUGCGUGUGCUUAAAAGAGGUUACAAAGUCUGUGCUGACCUUGUGGAGCACCUGAGGAGCAUCAGCUGGAAUUCAGAUAGAUUUGUCUCUAUGAAGGUUGAUUUUGUCAGAAAUGACUAAUCCAUGGGCGAGAUGCAGAUAAUUGGACGCGAUGAUCUCUCCACACUUGCUGGAAAGAAUGUCCUCGUUGUUGAGGAUGUUGUUGGGACUGGGAGGACCAUAAAAGCUCUGCUCAGCAGCAUUGAGAAAUACAAGCCCAACAUGGUUAAGGUAGCUAGUUUGUCGGUGAAGAGAAAUCCUAGAAGUGAUGACUUUAAACCUGACUGCAAGAUUUACUUUAAUCUUGCCUCCUAG